ACCUACUCUGAUACUCACCUUAAUUCAUCAUAAACUGUCUUAAACCCCAGUUCAGCCUUUCAAAGUUGAGAAAACACCUUGCGUUAAGUUACAAAUGUUUCUCUCUAUGUGCUUAUGUGGGUUUUCCCAGAUUCAAGACUUUUGGGAGUCAAGAUGAGGCAGUGACAAGACCCAAUACUGUACCAAAAAAAUUCAUUUAAAAAAAAACAUGACAAGGGGUCGCCACAGCGUGUCAUCUGAGAUGAACGCAAAUUUGUUUGGCACAGUUAUACGCCGGAUGCCCUUCCUGACGCAACCCCUCUGCAAUCAGCCGGGGGAGGGAAGCUUACAGCACCUGGCGGUCUACCAUCCAAGUACUAACAAGGGCCAAAGCCGCUUAGCUUCCGAGAUCUGACGAGAUCGAGCAUUCUCUGGGUAGCAUGGCCUUCUAGGUGUCCACUGCGUCUUGUCAGAGGAUGGGUGGGAUAGGUUCUCGUGCGCCCGCGACCCUAGUGAGGGUAAUCGAUACAGAAAUUGGACGAAUGGUUUAUACGGUAUUCUACAACAACGACGACGACAACGACAUCUGAAAAAUGUGUGACGUGACAACUGUAAUUUGUCUGGCAAGCUCUUGCUUGCUGAAAAGCACUCACACUUCAUAUCUACACCUUCAAGGAUCGAGAGAAAAAAAGAUGGCGGCGCCACCUCGACCGGAACUGUUUGAUUUCCAUGGCGUCUCCAUGACAAAAUACUUCACUGACAACUGGGAAGACGUAAAGAACUUCAAGGCCAAACCGGAUGAUAUUGUCAUAGCUAGUUAUCCUAAAUCAGGAACCACAUGGGCCUGCUACCUCUUGGAUCGGCUGUACUUUGGAAAGACGUAUCCUGAGAAAGACACAUCCCUCCCUCUGUAUAUGAGAGUACCAUUUCUGGAGCUCUGCAUUCCUGGUCAUCCAAAAGGAAAAGACCUGGCAGACCAGCUAACGAUCACUCCUCGUCUCAUUAAAACUCAUUUGCCAGUCCAGCUUGUACCGGAGACAUUUUGGGAGCACAAUUGUAAGACAAUCUACAUUGCUCGAAACCCUAAGGAUGUAGUCGUGUCUCACUUCCACUUCAGCCACAUGAACAGCAUCCAUCCUGCACCAGGAGACUGGGAUGGAUAUCUGCAAAGAUUCAUGGAGGGCAAAAUGGCGUAUGGAGCUUGGCAUGAGCAUGUGACUGGCUGGUGGGAGAAGAAGCAAACGUAUCCAAAUCUGCAUUAUAUUUUCUAUGAAGAUUUGACUGAGAACUUGGGAUGUGAGAUUGACAAGCUGUGUAGUUUCCUUUGCGUGUCUCCCUCAACUGAGGAGAAGGAAAGCAUCAUAGAGGCUGUGAAAUUUGAAAAUAUGAAAGACAACAAACUGACCAACUUUACCAAUGCCCCCUUGAUGAAUCUGAAGGUGUCUCCUUUUAUGAGAAAAGGGAAAGUUGGUGACUGGAAGAAUCAUUUCACCGUGGCCCAGAGUGAACAGUGCGAUGAGCACUACAAACGGCAAAUUAGGUCCCCUGGAUUGAAGUUUCGCACUGAAGUUUAAAGCUUGGACUGGGAAAACAUUUUUUUUUUUUCCUUCUAGGCUGAUGAUUUCCAAUCAGCUCUUUCGGGCUUUCCUUCUUGACAUCAUUGACUUCCUUUGGGCAUAAACUCAUUUGGGCUAUGAAAAUCGAUUUACUGUUUUGAACAAAACCAACAAUAUGAUGUAAUAUAGAGAGUGAUCAAUCAAACACAUGGAAAAUUUGGAUGGGGAUCAUUUCAUGUUGUCUUUUUUAUUUGAAUCUAGACAUGAAAUUUCACAAAAUGUAAAAACAAAUGUCAGAUGAUCCAAAUAAACACAUCGAAUACUGAAUUGCUGCAAUGCUACUCCACACUGGGGCGGGCACAUGGAUUAAUUUUCAAUGGCACGUAUGCUUUAUAGAGUGGGCAACAUUUAAUACAUUUUAUGCUUCCACUCUAGUCUGGGGAAAAAAAUGAACAGCAACCAGCAAGACAGAAACAUCUUAAAGAGUUAUUGGAAGGAAAACAACAACGCAAGGCCAUUGGGCUAAAAACACUGAACAAUUUAAGCAUCACUGGAAGAACUGGACAUCAGCUUGUCAUGAUCUGUUUGGCGAAUGAAGGCAUAGGAAAUCUUCCCUGGAAUGAUACUACUCCAAUAAACUAAAAGAUAUAUUAAUUUUAUGUACGUUGUUUGUUGAAACAUAUCAAUUGUACAUGGUCAGUCAAACUCCUUUCUGUACACUUUGAAUAUUUUUAACUAAAAAUACUUGGUUUUCACCCGGCAAAAUAAAAAUGAAAAGUAUUUUUAUAAUACCUGCAUGAUAUUUCAACCCUUAACACAGCUGAAAAUGCCCUAUCAAAACAAAACAAAA